AGCUCAGUGCGUGGCAGACAGGCCGACCGGGUCGGGCUGGUUCCGAGCUUCAGGAGGGAAACCACAUCUCGCUCGGGAAGGAAUAAUAAUGUCACUGCGCCGUCUCCGCUCUUCGCGUCCGCUCCGCGCUGCAUUCAGAGGGAAAUAACUUUGACACCAGUCAGAAGAACUCUUCUUCAGAUUUUUCUUUCUUUCUUUUCCCUUUUUUUUUUCCUUUUUCUGGAAAGCUGUUCGGGUGGCAAAGUUGUCAAGACAAGUCGUCACUAUGGACCAGUCCGUGGCUAUUCAAGAAACUCUGGAGAGGGGAGAAAACUGCAUCAUAGCUGUCCAGUGUGAUGUCCACUUUGAUGACAUCUCAGAAAGCAGACUGCUGGGACUGGUGGAGUCAGCACAAGAACAUGCAAUUUUUAUUUAUACCCAUCGAAGAAUGGCCAUUACAGCGGAUGACGUGUCACUUGAGGACAUUAUACCCAUUUCUCUUGACUUUGCUGUUGUUGAAGUUUCUUCGCCAGAACAACUUCUUGUUGUGGGCUCUGAUACCACAGUGAGAAUAAGCUACAAGGAAGAGGAGUUAGAGAUCAGACUACCUUUUGGGUCCCACUCACGACUCUUCCUCAGUGAAGUCAACAAGGCAUGGAGUGAUGUUUGCAGGUCUCCCAUGCAGGUAUCCAAGUUUGAGUGGAUCAGCAAGUAUCGGAGUCGGAGAGCCACCAGAGGCCAGGAAGCUGCCAAACAAGCCCUUACAUCCCAUGGCAAAGCACAUUCUCAGCACAACCAAAACCACAAAACAGAGAAAUCGUCAGACAAAAAGGGAACUUCUGAGAAAUCCAACGGUGGCACACCAAAGUCCAGAGCAAAUCCCAACCCAGAGAGCCAGGGCAUUUCCAGUCGAGAAGACCGGGAUGACCUGGUGCGAUUGUCCAGCCACACCACGUCAAACAAAGCUCAGAUACUGACCAUGCCGCAGUUCGGCCUACGGGACAACCUCAUUAAGUGCGAGCUGCUGAAAAAUGAGGAUGUCUACACCUAUCUUGAGGACUUCAGCUUUUUUCUUGGCACAUACAAUGUGAAUGGACAAACGCCAAAAGAAGCCCUCGGUCCUUGGCUGAGCUGCACUCUCAACCCUCCUGACAUGUACUGCGUGGGUUUUCAGGAGCUCGACCUCAGCAAAGAGGCUUUCUUCUUCAAUGACACCCCAAAAGAGAUGGAGUGGAUGAAGGCUGUGUCCGAAGGUCUGCAUUCAGAAGCCAAGUAUGCUUUAGUGAAGUUGGUGCGGCUGGUUGGCAUCAUGCUGGUCUUCUACGUGAAGAAGGAGCACGCAGAGUUCAUCUCUGAUGUGGAGGUUGAGACCGUGGGCACCGGCAUCAUGGGAAGGAUGGGAAACAAGGGUGCCGUGGCGAUUCGCUUCCGCUUCCACAACUCUGAUAUCUGCGUGGUCAACUCUCACCUGGCCGCUCACGUUGAGGAAUAUGAGAGACGUAACCAAGACUACAAGGAUAUUUGCAGUCGUCUCCAGUUUCGCCAGCUCGACGUUACUCAGCCUCCGCUCACUAUCAUGAAGCACAAUGUGGUUUUAUGGAUCGGGGAUCUCAACUACAGAAUUAGUGAACUUGAUGUCGACUACGUGAAAGAACUAAUCGAUAAAAAGGACUAUGCAGCGCUGCACUCAUAUGAUCAGCUGAAAAGACAGAUCGAUGAGGAGGCUGUUUUUGCUGGUUUUGAAGAAGGAGAGAUUAGUUUCCAGCCCACCUACAAAUAUGAUACCGGGUCUGAUAAAUGGGAUACAAGUGAAAAAUGUCGCAUCCCUGCGUGGUGUGAUCGUAUCUUGUGGAGAGGAAAGAACAUCAAGCAGCAGCAUUACCAGAGUCAUAUGGCUCUGAAGACCAGUGACCACAAGCCUGUCAGUUCCCUGCUCAUCAUUGGGAUCAAGAGAAUAAAUGAAGAGGCUUAUAAGAAGACCUUUGAAGAGAUUGUACGCAAUCUAGACAAAAUGGAGAAUGAAUGUAUUCCAUCUGUCACCUUGUCCAAGAGAGAGUUCCACUUCAAGGAUGUGAAGUUCAUGCAACAUCAUGCGGAGACGUUAACACUCUUCAAUGAUGGCCAGGUCCCGUGUCAGUUUGAAUUUAUCCAGAAGCCGAAGGAGGUCACAUAUUGCAAGCCCUGGUUAACAGCCAAUCCUCCUAAAGGCUUCAUUCCUCAGGGUGGUUCGGUGGAUAUUGAACUUGAAGUCUUUGUAAAUCGCUCGACUGCACCUGAUCUUAACUGUGGCAAGGAAGAGAUUGAAGAUAUCCUGGUGCUCCAUCUGGAGCGGGGAAAAGACUACUUCAUCUCAAUAGCGGGGAACUAUCUGCCGAGCUGCUUUGGCACGUCUGUCUGUUCGUUAUGUAAGCUGAGGGAACCCAUUCAAGACAUGCCGCUAGAGACCCUCCGUGAGCUGGAUGAGGCAGAGAUGCCUGAAAAUGAGGAUGCAGCAUCCACAGAAAAGCCUCUGGACAUUCCGAAGGAACUUUGGAUGAUGGUGGAUCACCUCUUCCGGAAUGCACUGAAACAGGAGGAUAUAUUUCAGCAACCUGGGCUGCGGAGCGAAUUUGCAGAAAUAAGGAAUUGUCUUGACACCGGGAUGCCAGAUUCCCUGCCGGGUAGUAACCACUCAGUGGCAGAAGCUUUGCUGCUUUUCCUAGAUGCACUCCCAGAGCCUGUGGUUCCCUACUCGUUUUACCAGCAGUGCCUUGAAUGUUGCUCAAUUGAAAGUCAGUGUGAGAAAGUUGUUUCCACGCUACCUCAGUGCCAUAAAAAUGUUUUCAACUAUUUAGCUGCCUUUCUCCGUGAACUGUUGAAGAAUUCUGCUAGCAAUCGACUGGACGUCCGCAUUUUGGCCACCAUUUUUGCCUCCUUGCUCCUGCGGUCGCCAACGAAACAAGAUCUUACAGAGAAGAGGAAGACUCAGGAGUUCUUCCAGCACUUCCUGACCCAAGGCUCUUCGUAGAUGGAGUACUAAUAUUUUUGCUAAAGCUGAACACUAAAACAUUAAAGUCCAGUAUCUGAAGUAAACUGUACUGAUUUGUUAUAUUUCCAUUUUUUUUGUAUAGGUAUUAUGUAAAUAUGUGAUAGUUAUUAUCCAAUGUUCAUUUCAAAACAAUGUUUGCUGAUGAAUGCACAGAUUGAGCUUCACUAAACAUCUGUAGAUGCCUAAUAGUUUUAUAAUUGUAUGUAUAUUUUAUUUAAAUGUUCAUUUGUAUGAUAAUUUUUCUGAUCUCACCAUAAUGUUUUAUAUAAUAUUA